GCAGCGGAAGAAGGAGGGAAGUGUGAUGACGUAGAGGAGGGUGGUCCAAUAGUGUGUUGAGCAAACCGCAGAUUUAUUAACGUUACGGAUAGUACACUGUGAUUGAAUUAUUACCAUCAGUCGUUUUUACCAUCAGUUCAACCAGCGCAGUUCGCUGUUCACCUGAGAGCUUACUACAGCCAGAGUCAGCAGGAUGGAGGAGGAGGAGGAGGCGAGGUGCUUCCUGGGGAGGUUUGUGGAUGAGUUCCCAGCUGCUCUGGAGGAAGACAGUCCACUGCCUGUCAACCCUCUCAGCCGCAAAGUCUCGCAGGAGGAGCUGCAUGGAGAGAGCCUGGAGCUGGGCCUGAGGCUGCUGGCUGCCAGGAAUGCUCCUGCAGGCCUCAGUGCUGUCCUGUGCCAAGCAGCACUGUCCCAGCUACUGCAGAAUGACCUUUCACCUUUCCACUGCCUGCAGGAAGCUGAGGCUGACCACAAAGAGGAACAGAAAGUUGUCUUACUUGAGGCACUGGCAGUGCAACGUCUCUUCCUUAACAAGCUGAUAAAUGUGGCGCUUGCAUGGCAUCAAAACUUCCCAAAGCUCCCACCGGCUCCCUCUCGUUUCCUCCGCUGCUCUGUUCACGCCAUCAAGAACACUAGGAGGAAGAUGGAGGAUAAGCACGUGGCCCUGGCUGAGUUCAACCAGCUCUUUGGGAUCCAGGAUGGAGUGGAGCGUGCUUACUACGCUGUGUUCGAUGGCCAUGGAGGGGUGGACGCUGCCACCUAUGCCGCCACUCACCUCCAUGUUGCUCUGAGUAAACAGGAGGCCCUGCAGAGUGACGCAUCCACAGCCUUUAAAACUGCCUUCAAACAUACAGAUGACAUGUUCAGAGGCAAAGCCAAGAGAGAGCGUCUGCGGAGCGGCACUACAGGCGUGACGGUGUUGAUCCAGGGUCAAGAGAUGACUGUGGCCUGGCUUGGAGACUCUCAGGCAUUACUGGUCAGAAAGGGACAGGCUGUAACACUCAUGGACCCCCAUAAACCAGACAGAGAGGAUGAGAAACAGAGAAUUGAGGAUCUUGGUGGCUGUAUCACCUUCAUGGGUUGCUGGCGUGUCAACGGAACCUAUGCUGUAUCCAGAGCUAUAGGUGACUUUGACCAGAAGCCUUACGUGUCUGGAGAUGCCGACUGCUCGAUAACCCAGCUGGUGGGGGACGAAGACUACGUGCUUCUUGCGUGCGAUGGCUUCUUUGAUGCAGUCAAACCUUCAGAGGUUCCACAUCUAGUCCUGGAUGCACUCCAGCCACCUGGUGACCCCGAGGGCGGGGGAGAGGCUCUGCUGGAACAGUCAGAGCAGGUUGUUGGACUGAGAGUCGCUCAACAGUUGGUAGGUCACGCUAAGGCAGCCGGUUCUAGUGAUAACAUCACAGUUAUUGUGGUGUUCCUGCGUCCACCUGAGCAGCUGCUGGCUCAAGACUCCACUACAGGAACUGCACAAGCUACUGGGGACUCCACUUCACAAGAUGCACCUCAGCAGUGAAGGUGGAGAUCUGACACCACUGUGCCAAGCUACUGCAUAACUCAGCCUGUUUUCACCACCUCACCAUGAGUAUCCAUCACUGUUCUUGUAUUACAGUGCAGAGCUAAUUAGUCUAUUGUAUUUUCUAACAGUGUAUUACACUUUUAACGUUUCAAGAGAAGUUUGAAGAUGAGGACUGAUGAGCUGGAGUUACUGGAGUGUAAACUUCCCCAGAUCCAAUAAAUAUCAGGACAGAGCAACUUAAGGUUAGCCUAAAUUCUGUUCCAGAUCUGCUCGCAGUCCUGCAUUUACAGAUGUCAUUGGAAUGUGUACGGGUGUCGUGUGUUCGUACCACAGUACAUCCUUCCCGAUCUGUACCGCGCAUGUCCAACUCUCAACAGAAAUUAGGAGGAAAUGAGAUGGCUAGAUUAGUUACUUCCAAAGAACAAUGUGUUACAAUGCUUUAUUUAAUGUUAUGUAAAUUGUCUUCUCAGUAUUAGCUGAGGGAACAUUAAUACAUUUACAGAACCUCUGCUAACAUUGGCUAAGUUAUCUGAAGACUGUGCUUGUCACUAUACUAUAUGCUCUAUGUAUGUCUCACACAUAAAUGCUUACAGAUAUUAUGUACAUGCAAGUCACCAUAUUUAUUCAAACCACAUACCUCUUCCAACUGCAUCCAGAGGAAGAUAAAAAUUGUUUUAAAAAAGUCUUAAUAGCAUGCUGAAUUAAAGUGUCAUUUUUCCAGAGCCAUUGAUGGAAGUAGCUAAUAAGUGAGCCAUAUCUUUUCCUUGGCAUCUCUGCUGAGACUUGCACAUGCUCAGUACUGAUUGGACAGGAUGUACGAAUCAGGCAUUAUAGCCAAUCAUAAUGUGUUCAUGUGUUACAUCAUCUGUGAACGCAGGACCCCAAGCAGAUCUGCUACCUACACCACUCCAUACCAUGGACUGGCACAGCGGGGCUUUUUUUAACACAACUUGCUAAAUAAUGUAAUCAACUAAUAAUGUGCUAACUGUUACUGUUGAAUCUACUGUGAGGUUACUACUUUCAGUAGCAGGCCUGUUAGCUAGCAGAUAAACAUAGGGUUUAAUCAGUCACACUCACACUCAUCUUCUCACUUAUGCUCUUAUGUUUUUUGGUUUGGAAGGUUGCUAAGCUAUGAUUGGGAAGUCUCUGUUUGUGGAAGGGUUUUAGCAAAAGGUCAAUUCAAACCACUAAUGGUUUUAAUAUAGCUAAAAAAUCAGUUGUAUUUUAAUUAAAAAAGUAUUCAGAAGUGAUUACAUUUCACAAAUAGCUUCAUUGGCUAAGAUAAGUGUAAGAUAAACCUUUACAGCUUUCCUUUGGUUCCAUGGUCUCUGUGCCGGAAAGAAAAGCUAGCCUCCUCUUGACCUCUGUGUAGUUAUCACAAGUCUGUUACUUUUUUUGGUCUUUAUGCUCUGUGUCAGUAUUUUUUGUGGAGCUUAGUUUUCAUACAUCAUAUCUCAUUCAUAUGUUCUCUAUGCAUCAUCAGUAUUAAAUGUCUUAAAGUGAACAUUGCAAACAUGCAAAAAAAAACCUCACUAAGUCAGGUUCUGCAGUGGGAUUGGAUUCACUCUGACAUCAGUAAUGGGGCUUCAUUUGAGGGAUUUUGCCGGAGCAACUGUAACUGUGCCUUUACCAGUCACUACUCAAUGAAAUGCCUUGGGAAUCUCUAAUUCUGUGGUGUGCUGCAGUGUUAUAUUGUAUUAUUAUAGAAACUGUUGCCAACUGCAGUCUAGAAAAUGCAUAUCAGCCUUCAGGAACUGAUAUCAGUCGAUCUGUAAUACCAAGCACUGUGACUAUUGAAAGUAUUUGAUGCUGGGGAUCUUGCAGGAAAUGACUUGGAUUAAGUUAGUAAAUCUUCCAGUUGGCUCCGAGCUGUAACUGUGACAUUCUGUAGUGAAAAGAUGUUUUGAAUAUUUGACUACAGUACCUACUAAGAACAAAACGACCAGACAGAGGUAUAGUCAGUAUUUCUGUUUUGAAUGAGUGCUAGUGUGCCAAAACUACCUACGUGAUCUUGGCAUGCUCAGGUAAGAGAGAAUUGAUUUGCUGAAUCACAAACUCCGACAGUAUUUCUGACUCCUGUGUUUAAUUUUUGGAAUACCUUUAAUUAAGAGUUAUUCAUCAUGUCCUAUUGAGAACAUUAAUAUCAGCUGUACUGAUUUUGGCAUGUAAUAAAUAAUAUUCUGUUUCGCUGACAAGA